AUGGUCUUGUUAGAAGUACCACAAAUGAAUGAAGAAGACAAACUCCAUUACUUUAUGGAAGGGCUGCAAAUAUGGGCUCAAAAUGAACUUCACCGAUAG